UACAGAAGUUUGGUUCUGGUGUAGGGACCCUGCCUCAGCUUGAGCCACCCGUUGUCCAGGUGGUGGUCAGCAAUGCCAAAAACCAAAACCAGCAGUCGGACAGCAUCCUGCCCCAAAUUGCCAACAAGGGGGGCCAAAAAAACUAUCAGUCACAGCCGGAUGAGAGGCAAAAGCCCGCUCAGCAGUUCAGCAUGCGCUUUGGUGCAGCAAUGGAUAAAAUGUCCGUCUCCCGCAACAGCAAGAUUUUCAGCAACAAGCUGGAGAAAGAGAAGGCAUUCGAGGGACAAAGGCUACCCAUGUCCCCCAUGGAGGCACUGAAGAACUUCAAGGACCGGAUGACAGAGUUUGAGCAGGAGGAAAUCAUGGACUACGCAGAGAUCUGGUUCCUUGGUGCCGGCUCUCAGAAGAUCGAGGGUUCCCAAGGAACACCGCAGAACAAUGGAUAUGAUGACGAGCAUGGAAGUUACGUCAGGGUGCUGCAUGACCAUAUUGGCUACAGGUUUGAAGUGCUCGAAGUGAUCGGGAAAGGCUCCUUUGGGCAGGUCCUCAAAUGUCUCGACCACAAGAACAAUGAGCUCGUAGCCAUCAAGAUGAUACGCAAUAAGAAAAGGUUUCAUCACCAAGCCCUGGUUGAGCUGAAGAUCCUGGAUGUGAUAAAGAGGAAAGACAAAGACAACAUGCACAACGUCAUCCACAUGAAGGAGUACUUUUACUUCCGAAAUCACCUCUGCAUCUCAUUUGAGCUUCUCGGGGUGAACUUGUAUGAGCUGAUAAAAAAAAACAACUUCCAGGGCUUCAGUAUCGCUCUGAUCCGCCGCUUCACCCAUGCUCUCCUGCGGUGCCUUCAGAUGCUACACAGGGAGAAGAUAAUCCACUGCGACCUCAAACCGGAGAACAUCCUCCUGUCUCAGAGAGGGCCAGGUAACAUCAAGGUGGUGGACUUUGGAUCAAGCUGUUACGAACAACAAAGAGUGUACACAUACAUCCAGAGUCGUUUCUACCGCUCUCCCGAGGUCAUCCUGGGUCACCCCUACAGCAUGGCCAUUGAUAUGUGGAGUCUGGGUUGCAUCCUUGGUGAACUGUACACAGGCUAUCCUCUCUUCCCAGGAGAGAGCGAAGUGGAGCAGAUAGCCUGCAUAAUGGAGGUUCUUGGGAUGCCUCCAAAUGAUUUUGUUCAGUCAGCAUCGAGGAGGAGGUUGUUCUUCGACUCCAAAGGAAACCCCAGGAACAUCACGAACAGCAAGGGGAAGAAGAGGAGGCCAAACUCCAAGGAGCUGUCCGCUGCGUUGAAAACGAACGAUGUUUUGUUCUUGGACUUCAUCAAACGCUGCCUCACUUGGGACCCAAACAAACGCAUGACUCCAGAUGAGGGGCUACAGCAUGAGUGGAUCCUGGAGGGAAAUUUCAACAGAGUCCGGCCAAGAACCAGGUCGACAGUGAAGAAGGCCUCAGACAGUUCGACCAGCAAGCCUGCGGAGAAGUUCAGCUCAGACAGCAGCGCUAUGGACAAGCUGAAGAGAGACGGUUCAGCAGCAAAGAUGGCCCCCGCCGAGCGUCUGCGGCCCAUCGGGGCCUCAGCAGAGGAGGAGGUGUAUGAAAAUGGUGAUGGCAAUUGCUCCACAGAUACCAAGAGUGGAGAGAGGCCCGUUCACAUCGUCAUCCAGCCUCAAGAGGAAGCGGGCACGGAGAGAAAAGAUAGCCAGGAGUCGUCUCAGUGUUUGCCCCCCAUCAUGUAACAGGCAGAGGGAAUCGUGCUAAGAUCGUGACAAGAUGUUGUUUAGGCUCAUAGUGAUAGAGUUGGUGAAGUCAUAGUAAAUGGACAGCUGAGAGAAAGUUGCAUUUGGUUGUCCCUGCACACAAUUUAAUUUAUGAGAAUGUAUGUUCUCAUUUACUACAAACACUGCCAUGUUGCUUCAGUCUCUACGUGACGUCACAGAACAACAUGCAUGAGUCGGACUUUCACGUUUGAAAGAAGUGGAUGUUUUCUACGGACAGGUAGAACAAAAUAUGUUUCCACAUAUUGAAACUAAAUAUUGAUGUAUACGGGACAAACUGAUCAUCAGCAAAGAUGGACAUCUUCUAUUUAUGGUUUUAAGUCGACAGCUACAGUGAAUUAUUUUAUUCUGUGGAAGUCAACCAGUUGUACUUUUUUUAUGAAAUACUUAAGAUGCAGUUGCAGGCUAUAUAUAUUUUUUUUUAAUGUGUCACAAUUGUUACUCCCCACACAAGUAUGCAUAAUGUUGAAAUUAGAUCAAAUGGUUUAAAUCCUAAUUCAAAGUACAGCAUCAGCUUUUGGCUGUUUCUCUCUCAUGUAUUAGUUAUUGGAUAAACAGGUUAGUCAAUAAACACUUUUAGUUUCCGUGAUAAAAAAGUAGUAGACGUGCAUGGGUAUAAAAGCUACCAAAUCUUUGAUAUUCUUUUUAUUCUUUUUUUCCUUUUAGACAUUUUAGCAUUACUUCAGUAAUGGUAAAAUAUUAAGAGAAGUGCGUGCAAUAAAGGCUGAGCCAAAAAAGAUUUUUUUAAUCAUGUUGACAAAUACAAUUAUUGUCACUUUUUAAUUAUGGAAUGCAGUCGAUGACAAGUAGGUUAUUGAUAAUUUAAUGUAUUUAUUUUGGAAUAUGUUUGAUUCUAUGUUUCAUAGUUGUUUAACAUCUGCAUUCAACAAUCAUACAAUAUGUAUUUGUAAUAGAACCUAUAUAUAUAUAUAUAUAUAUAUAUUUCUUCUGUAAUUUCCUAUGUUUGUGUACUAUAAAACAUAUUUUAAGAAAAUAUUUCAGAUAUUUGUUGAGGGUUUAGACAAGGUUUUACUUGUUGUGUUGUAACUGUAUGAACAUAUUUGUUGUAUGUCUGCGUUAUUCAUUUUUUAUAUUAGAAACAAAAAGACAAUCCUGAUCUUGAUAGUUUGUGCCUUGCAGUAUUAGGAAUCUUGCACUUUAUGAUGUGUGUAUACAUUCAGAUUAGAAACAAAUCAAACAGACAAGGGUUCAGACCCUGCCAGGAUCCCUUUUUCUAACGUUACAAAAGAAACAAUUAUGGUAAACAUUAUUAACCAGCUUUUUACAAUUGGUUUAGGUCUUUGUGCGCCAACAGAGAAAUAGUGUAUAUAGACCCUUGCCCCUCACUAUCCAUAAGCCGCAAGAUAUCCCAGGAAGUUUGAUUGCAGAUGAAAUAGCAAAAGUGACGUUAUAGUUAUAUGAAUUAUUAUGUCUUUUUGUAUUUUAUGAUCAAAUAAAACGUUGUUUCAAAGAA